AUGACCAUAGACAACUACUUGGGAAUAGGCGAGUCUGCAAAUUUUGCAGCAUAUGCAUUUGCACCUGCCACACUGUUAAAAUCUUUAGGAGCAUUGGGUGUUUUGGUCAGUUCUGUGCUUUCAUCAUAUUUCCAUCGGCUGAAUGGCCAUGGGAAUAUUGGCUGCUUGCUGUGCAUCUUCGGUUCCAUGGUAAUGAUGAUCCAUGCUCCACAAGAGGAAGAGGUUGCUUCCUUGAGUGCAAUGGUAGAGAAACUCAAAGACCCAGGAUUCAUCGUUUUUGUUGUCUGCAUUGCUGUGACCAAUCUGGUCCUGAUUUUCCUUUUCGUACCUCGUUAUGGUUGGAAAAAUGUGCUGGUGUACAUCCUCAUCUUCUCUGUGAUUGUUUCACUAUAUGUGUCCUGUGUGAAAGGCCUUGGCAUCAAAGAGUUGUUCGCUGGAACAGCAGUUCUGAAAGAUGCACUGUUCUGGGUCCUGCUCAUUUGUCUCAUAUGUGUCAGUAUUCAGAUAAGCUACAUUAAUAAGGCUCUUGACAUCUUCAACACCUCUUUAGUUACACCUAUUUAUUAUGUCUUCUUCACAACAUCAGUCAUGGCUUUUACAGAGGUGUUUCACAUGUCCAAUGAUGGGGCUGCUGGGAAUGUUAGCUUUCUUACCAUCAUCAUUGGCAUCUUCCAUGCUUUCAAGGACAUCACUUUUAGCUUGGAUUCCCUCCCACUUUAUCUUUACCUUGGACCUCAAGGCAGCACACGGAGCCAACCUUACAUUGCUCUGCUAACCAUUGAGAGAAUUACUGGGGACAAAAGUAAUCUGACUAAGGAAAGAAGUACAAAGGAUUUUUUCCCUGAGAGUUCAGACAGGAGGAGCAAUGGCACAUUUAUUACCUAGCAUAAUACCACCUGCAUGUGGUAAAAUCAAACUGCAAAAUGAAGACUACUCAA